CUAGUAAUUUUUGUACUUCAAAUUUAAAUAGCCAACAGGAUUUUGAAUUUCAACCAAUUAAGAAAUACGGUGAAAUGUGCAUCCAGAAUGCUAGAGUGCCAUCAGAGUACCGUUAGACCGCGCUCAAAAGUGAAGGAUGCGAUGGAGGCAACUAAACUCCGAGGCCACAAGCGAUCCGUGCUGUGCUGUGAAUCAUCCCGAACUAAUCCCCAUCUGAUAGCUUCCUCCAGCGAGGAUGGGAGUGUUCGCAUCUUUGAUUUACGGUGCAAGGAAAGUGCAUCUGCUAUUGAUCUUGGCAGUGAACCAGUUGCUUCUGUUUGCUUCAAGCCAGGAAAUGAUGAUAUACUGUAUGCAGCAUCUGGUAAUUCAGUAAAUUGCUUGGAUCUGCGAAUGGCGGCUUCAAAUCAGCAAUUGCAGAAGUACACAUUUAAUACAGAGGAUAUAAACCAGAUUACUUUGAAUAGUAAGUCAUGUUAUCUGUUAGCUGCAGAUGACAGUGGAGAAAUAAAGGUUAUUGACAUUCAUCAACAUUGUGUCUAUAAAACACUGAGGGCUGUACACACAAAUAUUUGCAGCUGUGUGCAGUUUCAUCCAAGGAAGCCAUGGGAAGUUAUCUCUGGGGGACUUGAUUCAAAAAUUUUGACAUGGGACUUCUCAAGAGGAAGGGUACGCAAGAUGAUAGAUCUGGGGGCAGCCGUUUCAAGUAAUGCAGAUAGUGACACAAGCACAAAUCAAAUUUGUAAUCCUCCAUUUGUUCAUGCUUUAGCAGUUCCUGAAGGAUUUCUGCAAAGAGGGGAUAAUCAAGUUGUUGCUGUGGCAAGAGGAGAUGGGGCUAUUGAAAUUAUUGACCUUGAAUAUGAAACACAUAUGGGAGUUUCAAAAAAUAAAAAGUCACAACAUGCUAGCAAAGGCUCUCAGGGUAAAUUGGCAAAAAAUGUAAAUGCGAAAGAAAGCAAUACAACAGAAGAGACAGAAAAACAAAUGAGGAUCAAAUUACAUGUUGGUCUGGGAGGUCACACAGCUGCUGCUUCUUGUGUGGCAUUCUCAAAGUUUGGUGAGGCUGGAAAGCUCAUUAUUUCUGGAAGCAAUGAUGCAUCUAUAAAGGUAUGGAAUUGGACUAGUAAAAUAGAAACCAUUGAAACGUGCAGCAGAGAUGAAGGUCCCUUGAGCUACACUAUCAGCAACAAAAGAAAAGUAAAUUGGCUGUGCACAACUUCACACAGUUCGGAAAAUCUCAUUGUCUGUGACACUUCCCGAGUUAUUAAGGCAUACAGUAUUCUAUGAUGUGGCCCCUGUUUGAUUGAUUUUGCCUUCUAGGAUAACGGAAGGUUUGGCUGUCGUGAAAAAUUGUCCGUUGGUAUCCAUAAGAACACCUUAUGCAUUAUAGGCAUUUGCAUAUAAAUAACAUCCUAUUAAAGCGUGAAUUUGUUAUAAACCAAAAUUUCACAUGUAAUGGACAUGGAGGUGUCUUCUUCAAUUCUAUAUAUACUAGCAUAUGGAUAAAAUAUCAUUCUUAUAGAAAUACAAUUUAAGUAAAUUAAAAUUA